AUGGCUGAAGAUGAGCUACACGAACUCCACGGCAACACAGGUACCUGUGACAUCCUUAAAGAGGUAGAAGAAAAGUCCGAGAAUCACAUUGAACAAAUCAAAACAGAGGAGAGGGUAGAAGGCCACCCUGGAUACUAUGAAAAGGAUGGCCUUCGAACAUACGGAGAUGGUGAGGAUCACGACCACGAACUUCCGUGGUCUUACAAACGGAUCUUAAGUUUGGUUGCCAUGGCUUUUCUUUGGACGGGUUCACAAAUCCCAGUCUAUCUGGUAGGCGGCAUUGGCCCUCUUAUUUACAGAGAUAUUGGGGGUGUCGACCGCUGGACAUGGUUUGUUUUAGCCAACUUGCUCACUCUCGCCGCUGUGUGUCCGUUCGUCGGUUCCCUUUCGGACCUGACCGGCCGGAGAUAUGUCGCCAUGUUAGGGUCAGGCUUUCUCGUGAUCUCCAUGGCCAUUUCUGGUACAGCCAAAAGCAUGAAUCAAUUUAUCGCUGGAAUGGCCAUUUCCGGCGCCGGUGCAGGAAUUUGCGAGUUGACUUGUCUCGCCGGCACCGCUGAGCUUGCACCCACUCGCAAACGUGGUCAGUACGUGGCUUUUCUCGUCGCAACGAUUAUUCCGUUUUGCCCUUCCGCGUUAUAUGCCCAACUCAUUGCCGGCUACUCGUCUUGGAGAUAUUGCUGUCUAGUCUGUGGAGUUUGGGCCUUGUUCGGCUUGGUAGGGGUCCUCGUUUUCUACUUCCCUCCCCCACGACCCAAUUCACGGGGACUUACGAGGAAGGAGAUCAUCGAUGAAAUUGAUGUCGGAGGAGGAAUCCUCAGUAUCUCCGGUAUGAUUGUUUUCCUUGCUGGGCUUGAGUGGGGUGGAUAUCAGUACGCUUGGACGUCCGCACACGUAUUGGUUCCAUUGAUUAUUGGAUUCUUUCUACUCUUUGUUGCCUUUCCGAUAUGGGAGAUCAAAUACGCAAAAUUUCCAAUGUUUCCGGCACGAAUGAAGAAAGAAGCACGACUCUUGUCACUUACGCUUAUCAUUACUGCGAUAUCUGGUGCAAAUUUCUUCUCCAUCCUGAUGUUUUGGCCGACUCAGGCUUUCAACGUCUACGGGCAUGAUCCUGUUGGUGUUGGUGUCAGGACCCUGCCGGUCGCCUUUGCCAUCCUCAUCGGCUGCGUCAUUGUUUUGGUACUUCUGUCAAUUCUUCGGGGCCACGUUCGUGAGCUGCUCCUCGGAUCGUCUAUCUUGAUGACUGCCGGCUGUGGUGCUCUGUCGGUCGCCGAUAUACACAAUCUCCACCAAGUCUACGGGAUCCUUGUCGUUGCUGGCCUUGGAAUUGGCGGCAUUGUUGUUCCAGCUUCCAUCAUUACAACGAUUAUUUGCCCAGAUGAUAUAAUCGCAACGGUCACUGCCCUGACCUUGUCGAUUCGCGUCAUAGGAGGUUGCGUUGGUUACACCACGUACUACAACGUCUUUGCCAACAAGUUCAAGACCAAAGUUCUUGAACAGGUUGGUGGCGUUAUGGUGGGCCAGCUCGGCUUCACCAAUCCCUACUAUGUCAUGGAUGCCAUCGAUGCGACAGCUACCUCUUUGCUCGAGAAUCUUCGAGAAAUUCCUGGAAUAACUGGAAACGAAACAGCAUAUCAAAUUGUUGUUACGGCCGGCCAGAUCGCGUAUUCGGAAAGCUACAAAUGGGUGUUCCUGGUUUCGAUCGCUUUUGGAGGCGCUGCAAUUCUCUGCUCUCUUUUUCUGGGCAAUAUCGACAAGUACAUGGACGACCACGUUGCCGUUGUAAUGUGA